GGAGGUGGGUAGUAAUUUUGAGAAUCUGGAUCCCAAUCUAUGCUUGAGUGACCCUGGACUGGUUGGCUAUCAAGGGUUGGGGAAUAGACUAGAAAGGGCAGUGAAGACACGAAGUUUGGUGGGCCUGGAAGGUUAUAAGUUGAAAGAGAUUGCAAUAUCCAGCCUUUGAAGGGGACUCAAAUUUGGAAAGGAAGUAAAUACAAAUGCUUGGGAAAAAGACGUCCCUUUCCAGUCUUCAUCUAGAUUUGAAAUCUAGCAAAGUCUUGAAUACUUCCACUUCCUUCCCUCAUAUAGUUGAACACAUAGGCCAGAAGAGGGAAUAAAUGUGUUUUAGAGGAGUGAUGGGAAACGGAGAUGCUCUUUAAGCCCCUUACUCUCCAGACCCUAACAACAAUACUGAAUGGGAUAGGGAAGUUUACUUCACCACACAAAAGAAAACUGCGUCAGAACCUGAACUGAAACCAAGCACCCCGUCUUCCCGUCUCAGGCAUCUGCAGCCUGUGGAAGUGAGGCAAGGAGGCUGGUUGGGGUACUACUCUAAUUAGUACACAGAGGGGAGAGGGGGAGAGGGGGGAGGGGGGAGGGGGAGAGAAGAGAGAGAGAGAGAGAGAGAGAGAGAGAGAGAGAGAGAGAGAGAGAGAGAGCAGAGAGGAGAGAGAGCAGAGAGGAGAGAGAAAAAGAAAUAGAUCUUUAAGAACAUUUGUUUUAGCUGUUGUUUUAGCUGCUGUAGUGGCACACACCUUUAAUACUAGCACUCAGAAGGCAGAGGCAGGUAGAUCUCUUUAAGUUUGAGGCCAGCCAGGGUUACAUAGUGAGACUAUUUAGAAAAACAACAAUUUAAAAAAUUUAAUUACCGGAAGUAAUGAACUUCUGUAUACGCAGACCUUUAUAGAAAUUUUACAGUCAUGCCCGGUGGUGUGCGUCUGUAAUCAGAGAACUCUGGAGACUGAGUCAGAAGAAAAACGAGUUUGAAGUCAAGUCUGGAGUAUACAAAAGGCCUUGUCUCAAAAAUAAACUUUACUUAACAGAGCUGCCCUCAGGUUUACAAGAACUCCGUUCUGGCUCGCAGAAGUAACUAUUUGCACCUGCAGCGUCUUCCACUUUCCGCUUGUAAAAGAAACCCGCAACAACCAGAGGACGCUCUGAUAUGCCACGCCUGCGCAGUGAACUGGCCUUGCUUCUCGCCACGUGUGGCCCUCGGGGCGCAGGCGUGACUCCUCCCCCUCACGCCUCCUUCUGCUCGGGCCCUCCCCCUGAGUUUAGCUCCGCCUCUUCCGCGUUCUCGACGGAGACCUGCAGGUGGGGGUGCUCGCGGCCGUUCCCGCGGUGGUCAACUAAGAUCUCUGUGCUGGAGGAGAUGAAGCAGAAGCAGGUGGCAGACUAAAGGACACUGGCUGGACAGAGACCAGCAGAUAACUCCCUGUGGCUGGAAGACACCAGUCUUGGGAUUCCUCUGAGACUCCAAGUUAAAGAACCUUGUGGGAUAAGGCAGACUCUACAGAAGGCUUUCACAGCCCCCAGUGCAGUGAUGGAGAUAACGCUCAGCUUCUGAUUCUGCCAUCAGAUUCUAUUCUUGCCCCCUUCUUACUCAGCUCCUAGCCCCAGGGGCCCUGCUGCUCUGAUGAUCACAGAGAUGGGCAGCAGUGAGCCCCUUCCCAUCGUGGAUUCUGACAAGAGGAGGAAGAAGAAGCGUAAGACCCGGGCCACCGACUCUCUGCCAGGAAAGUUUGAAGAUGUGUACCAGCUGACCUCGGAAUUGCUGGGAGAAGGAGCCUAUGCCAAAGUCCAGGGUGCUGUGAACCUACAGAGUGGGAAGGAGUAUGCUGUCAAAAUCAUCGAGAAGCAAGCCGGGCACAGUCGAAGUCGAGUGUUCCGUGAGGUGGAGACACUGUAUCAGUGUCAAGGGAACAGGAACAUUUUGGAGCUGAUUGAAUUCUUUGAAGAUGACACACGGUUUUACUUGGUCUUUGAGAAAUUGCAAGGAGGCUCCAUCCUAGCACACAUCCAGAAGCGGAAGCACUUCAAUGAGCGAGAAGCCAGUAGAGUGGUGCGGGACGUCGCCACUGCCCUUGACUUCCUGCACACUAAAGGCAUUGCUCACCGUGAUCUGAAGCCAGAAAACAUACUGUGUGAAUCUCCAGAAAAGGUGUCUCCGGUGAAAAUUUGUGACUUUGACUUGGGCAGUGGGGUAAAGUUGAACAACUCCUGCACUCCCAUAACCACGCCAGAGCUGACUACUCCAUGCGGCUCUGCAGAGUAUAUGGCACCUGAGGUGGUGGAGGUCUUUAGGGACGAGGCUACUUUCUAUGACAAGCGCUGUGACCUGUGGAGCCUGGGUGUGGUCCUCUACAUCAUGCUGAGUGGCUACCCCCCCUUUGUAGGUCACUGUGGGGCUGACUGUGGCUGGGACCGGGGAGAGGUAUGCAGGAUGUGCCAGAACAAGCUGUUUGAGAGCAUCCAGGAAGGCAAAUACGAGUUUCCUGACAAAGACUGGGCUCACAUCUCCAACGAGGCCAAAGACCUCAUCUCUAAGCUCCUGGUUCGAGAUGCGAAGCAAAGACUCAGUGCUGCCCAGGUUCUGCAGCAUCCAUGGGUACAAGGGCAAGCUCCAGAAAGGGGACUCCCCACGCCGCAAGUCCUUCAGAGAAACAGCAGCACCAUGGACUUGACUCUCUUCGCAGCUGAGGCCAUUGCCCUGAACCGCCAGCUGUCUCAGCAUGAGGAGAAUGAACUGGCCGAGGAACAGGAGGCCCUAGCUGAGGGCCUCUGCUCCAUGAAGCUGUCCCCUCCAUCCAAAUCUCGCCUGGCUCGAAGGCGAGCCCUGGCCCAGGCUGGCCGAAGCCGAGAUGCAAACCCAUGUUUGACACCGGCAGGGCUCUGAACCACUGCAGGCACUCCUUGUAGGCCUGUCCCAGCGGUGCCCCCUGAAAACCUGUAAGGUCAAAGUGUGAAGUAGGCAGAGGGACCUGCCCUGCAGCCCCUGCAGGCCUUUACCAUCCACAAAGGCUCCCGGGUUCCCACCCAUCCCCCAUUUCCCUGGAGUCUUCAAAGGAGAAAGCUUUUUCCAAAGGGGUUGUCUUUGAAAAGGAAAGCAAUCACUUGUCACUUUGCAUAAUCGCCUGCAGCAGGACCGUCUCUGCCGGGCUCCAAAGGCUGCUGAUGUGCAGAUCCCGGAUCCAGCUUGCGGUUGGGGCUGCAGGGGCUGCAGCCUUCAGGGAGUCCAGCUUCCAGGAGCUGACAGAUCUGCGGACGUGCAUGCCUCUUCCCUGCACUGUCACCUCCUUCUGGCGAUCCUCCCACCUUCCUCUGUCCUACAGACGUCCUCUCUGCCUGUCCUCUCCCUGGCUGAGCAAAGCCAUCCCCUCAAUUCAGGAAGGGCAGGGAACCAGAUCAGUCUUCCGGUCUGUAACACAGAGAAGCACAUAAUCUUUCUUUGCCGUGACCGAAAUGUUCCUCAUUUAUCAUCCUCUUCCAUGUUUGGGAUUGCUGCUAAAGUCAGUAUUAUUUCUUUUUAAAAAUAUAUUUGCUUAUUUAAACCAUGUUCUUCCAGCAAUCAUAGAACUUCAAACUUGCACUGCAAGCCCGUAGAUAUUCCCCACGCGGAUAUCCACGCACUUAGUUUUUAAUCCUCUCCCCGACAGUCUCAACUGAUUUUAAGCUGUUACUAUGAUGAAAACGUUAGAGACUGGUGUCUUUGCAUCUCUGUCUGCCGCUGCUGCCUCCACAAACCCAGGGUAGUCAGACUGCUGUGUCUGAGAGGAAGCCCUGUGCCCUGCUAUGAGGAAUGCUGCGCCCUCUGCCCCAGACAUGAAGGCACAGCCACUGGAAAAUAAGCUGUGGAGUCACGUAAAACAGAUUUGCAUAUAUGACAUACAACAUUAGUCAACCACAAUCACCAAAAUUCUCUCAUAACUUGUGCUUGUUUUAAUAAAUAAUUUAAAAUUCUG